AUGAUCUCGAACCGGCAUGAGUCAAUUCGAGCAGCAGUAAAUCGUUCCGGAGGUGACUGGCAACCUCCAAAAGCAUGGUGGAUGUUUUGUAUAAGGCACAUCGGCAGCAACUUCCUACGAGCAUUCAAGGUCCCUCACUUGCAAAAGCUUGUGGUCAAUAUUGGGUAUUCAAGAACGGUGGAGGAGUAUAACAUCAACUAUAAGAGGUUGGAAGAGCGAGGCGAGGUAUAUGCCAGGUGGUGCGAUGCCAUUGGACUUAGACAUUGGGUAUUGGCAUUCGAUGAGGCACAUCGAUGGGGCCAUAUGACAACGAACCUUGUCGAGUGUAUUAACACAGUGUUGAAGGGUGCCCGUAAUCUACCUGUGUUAGCGCUAGUCCGAGCAACGUAUUAUCGGUUAAAUGAACUUUUUACGCGGAAGAGUGCUGAGUCUCACGAACGCAAACGUGCUGGAUAUACUUAUUCCGUAUUCGCACAACAGCGGAUAGAGGCAAGUAUGCAACAGGCUGGGAAUAUAGUUGUGCACCGUUUUGACAGACGAAAUGAAGUAUUUGAGGUGCGCGAAAUGACUAGCAGAAAGGUAUUAGUCGUUGAUCUUGCACGACGUACGUGUGACUGUGGGCACUUUCAGGUGGAACGAAUACCAUGUCGCCAUGUUAUUGCUUGCCGUGCUAACCAGCGAAUCGAUUGGCACAUGUAUGUUCAUGACGUGUACAAGAUGACAGAGGUCCGUAAGGUAUAUAGAUUCAAGUUCUCACCGUUAGGUGAUGCCGAGACAUGGCCUGCGUAUGAGGGACCCACUUUGGUCGCUAAUCCCGCCUUGAGGCGAACGUCGAAAGGUCGCCCAAAAUUGACCAGAUACUUGAACAAAAUGGACUCACGCGACAUGCGUGGUCCUCGGAUAUGCCGUCUCUGUGGUGCUCAAGGACAUAGUCGGAGUCGAUGUCCUCAGCGUGUUGGAUCGAGUGGUGGGGGGGAAUGA